UCAUUUUUUCCAUUAACCAAACCAACAUUAUUCCCAUCUUUCUUUCUUUCUUUUUUUCUUUCUUUCCUUCUCUCUUUCUUCAAUCAUGGCCAAGCUUCCUGAAUAAUCCAAUUCAGAUUAUACUAGUUACUUACAAAGAAGACAUGAAUCUCUCAGCUUAUCGCCUCUCUUCAACAAAAUCUCCUUCUUUUCUUCCAAGAACUUGUUAUCAUACCAAAAUAAUCAACCCAACCAGUACUAACACUCUCCAACAAAAGCCUUCUUUCGCCAUUCUCAGGUUCAAAGGAGCUUCAAAUAAUAGCAAACUCUCGGUGAACCCUUUCGCUACCUUAUCAUCUUUCGCAGAAGGGGAAGAAGAAGAAGAACUGAAUGGUCAGCAUUCAACAGCAACAGAGAACAAGGAAGAAAAAGUAACAGGUUUUGCACAAGCCUUCAACAUUACUUCACGUACAGCUUCAGCUAUCACAAUAUGCAUGGCAAUGGCUGCACUCACACUCCCACUCUUCAUGGGAUCUUUGGGACAAGCUUUGACCUUCAAGACCAAGCUUCUCUCUUACGCCUCUCUCCUCUUCGGAUUCUACAUGGCUUGGAACAUUGGCGCCAAUGAUGUUGCCAAUGCCAUGGGCACUUCCGUCGGCUCUGGUGCCUUGACUCUCCGCCAGGCCGUGCUCACGGCCGCCGUCUUGGAAUUCUCCGGGGCCCUCUUUAUGGGGGCUCAUGUCACAAGCACAAUGCAGAAGGGAAUUCUUGUCGCUAAUGUAUUCCAUGGAAAGGAUACUCUUCUCUUUGCUGGCUUGCUUUCUUCUCUUGCUGCUGCUGGUACUUGGUUACAGAUUGCAUCAUACUAUGGUUGGCCAGUAUCUACUACACAUUGCAUAGUGGGAGCAAUGGUGGGGUUUGGUCUAGCCUAUGGAGGCGCUGGAGCGGUUUUUUGGGGUUCGCUGGCGAGGGUGAUUUCUUCUUGGGUUAUCUCACCACUAGUGGGAGCAGCUGCGUCAUUUCUUGUCUACAAAUGCAUCCGGAGGUUUGUGUACAGUGCACCAAACCCAGGACAAGCAGCAGCAGCUGCAGCACCAAUUGCUGUAUUUCUUGGAGUAACUGCCAUUUCCUUUAUGGCAUUCCCUCUUAGCCAGAGCAUUCCUUUGGCUCUGGCACAGGCCUUAGCUUCCGGAGCGGCCGGUGCUUUUCUUGUCUACAGAAUCAUCAGAAGACAACUUGGACAUCUUCUUGCCAAGUCAAACACCCAAGAAGAACAUCCUGAGAACAAAGAAGACACUACUGUCCACCAAAACAUAGGAGGAUUACUAUCUGAUGUUGCAGGUCCAAAGGGUACUCAACUGGAAAUAGUUUAUGGUGUAUUCGGCUAUAUGCAGGUCCUCUCAGCAUGCUUCAUGUCGUUUGCUCAUGGUGGCAAUGAUGUCUCCAAUGCCAUAGGUCCAUUGGCAGGUGCACUAGCUAUCCUUCAAGGUGCUGCCAAAGGAGGCACUGCUACUGAGAUUGUUAUUCCAAUCGAUGUUCUUGCUUGGGGAGGAUUUGGAAUCGUCGCGGGGCUAAUGAUGUGGGGUUAUAGAGUGAUAGCAACAAUUGGGAAGAAGAUAACAGAACUCACACCAACAAGAGGUUUUGCUGCUGAGUUUGCUGCAGCUUCUGUUGUUCUGUUUGCUUCAAGAUUGGGGCUACCAAUCUCAGCAACACACACUCUUGUAGGUGCAGUUAUGGGGGUUGGGUUCGCCAGGGGUCUCAACAAUGUGAGAGCAGAAACUGUGAAGGAGAUUGUGGCUUCUUGGGCAGUUACUAUUCCGGUUGGCGCUGCGCUAUCUGUGUUAUACACAUGGAUCUUGACUAAGAUUUUGGCCUAUAUUUUAUGAGUUGAGUUCAAAGAUGUGAAGAGUAGCUUGUGUUUUUGAGAUCAAUAAAUUCAUCUUAGUUGUGCCGACUUUCACAUGAUUUUUUUUUGUGGUAUGGAUUGGAGAUGAGGAUUGAUGUGGCAGCACAGGCACAUUGGGGUAGGUUCUUAACUAAGUUGGUGAGGGAUGAAUCUUUUAUGUUUGGAUCCUAAGCCAAGCCUGUGAUUAGUUAUGCUGAUUUCCCAUCAGAGAUGAACUUACCAAGAUAAUGUGAGUGACAAGUUGUCUUAGUAGGUUCUUGUUACAACUACAGGUUAAAAUCAAAGCUUCAGCACAAGUAUUGGAAAAUACAUUAUAUCUGUACUUAAUAGAUUCACAUUAACAUUUUUUUCUUCAGUCUAUUUCUGUUUAUUCGAUUGUGUUUCUAGA